AUGAAAAAUCUAGACGUGGUGAUUGUCGGUGGUGGGAUCGGAGGACUUCAGACCGCCCUGGCCCUAGCCGCAGAUGGCCAUAGGGUCACUGUGCUGGAGGCCACGGCCGAAUUUCUUGAAGUAGGUGCCGGGAUUCGCGUCCCCCCCAAUUCUUCUCGUUUGAGCCAGAGCUGGGGCGUCGAUUUCAGCCAUGUGAAAAAGGAGGUGUCCCUGGGCAACAAGUUCGUCGACUGGCGCGGCAACACUCUCCUUGAAUGCCCUUUCGACGACGUCAGGGAAAAGUACGGCUCGCCUUACUACUUUCUCCACCGGGCGGACCUGAUCAAGGCCCUCACGACCGCCGUCGACGCCAACAAGAAGAACAUCACCCUGAGAAUGAACAGCAAGGUGGACAGGUACGAUUUCGACGCGCCGGCAGUGUACCUCGCUUCUUCGGGAGAGCGAAUACAGGCUGACCUGGUUGUUGUUGCGGACGGCAUCAAGUCCGCCGUGAGAGAUGUUGUCAACGGAGCCCCGAUCGAACCGCAAGAUACCGGGGACGUGGCGUAUCGAAUCCUUGUGCCCGUCGAGCCCCUUCUCGCGGACCCUGCCACGGCACGUCUGGUCAGGGAACCUUGGGCCGUCCACUGGAUGGGGCCCGAGGCCCACGCAGUUGGUUAUCCGCUUCGAGGCGGAGAACUGUACAACAUCAUCAUCGACAUCACCCACGACACCGACGUUGGCGCACCGAUAGGUCAAGAAGAAUGGCGCAGCCAGGGCGACAACCGAGAGCUUAUCAGACGGUUUGCGGAUUGGUGCGAGCCCGUCCGCAAGCUGUGCGGCCUGACAGGUGUCUAUCUGAAGUGGAAGCUCGCGGACUUCGACCAGCUGCGGCGAUGGGUUCACCCGAGUGGCAAGGUCGCGUUGUUGGGCGACGCUUGCCACCCAAUGAUGCCUUACAUGGCCCAGGGUGCCGCACAAGCGACAGAGGACGCUGCCACCCUCCAAGCUGCGCUUCGCACUCACGACACACUUCAUGGUGCUUUACUGGCGUACGAGAAACAGCGUAUCCCGCGUGCGGCGUACGUGGCCAAGAACACGCGCAUCCUGCAGGAAUGGCUCCAUCUUUAUGACGGCCCCGAGAGAGAUCGUCGGGAUGAACUCAUGAAGCAUGACGAGGAGUCCAACCCGAUAUUUUGGGCAUACGGCACAAGGAAGGACUGGCUGUUUGGGCAUGAUGCCCAGGUUCUGGCUCCUGAGGAACCAACACCCGAGCUUGCAGGAUUGCCUGUGGAAGACGCGAGAAUUUACACCGGAGCCGUGGGAGACACUGAGCUUCGUAAGAAGUUCCGAGGGAUGCGGGUCACUGUCUAA